CAGUACGGGUGAAACUGUCUGUUCAUUCGCAGCACGCGCAGCUGAGUGAAUUAUUUUUUUAUUAAAUAUUCCGAAUAUUUCGCACAACAAAAUGUCAACAACCGUUCAGACGCCACCACCAUCUGUUCCACCACCACCGCCGCCAUCAGCUGGAGCUUCCGCUGGAAAGGGCAUCCAUUCAAAGGUGUACAAUGGUAUAAUUGGCGUCUGCGACAAAUUUGUGCCAGCAAAGAUGCGACCACUGUGGAUGCAUGCUGCAGGUCCAAAGACGAUUUUCUUCUGGGCUCCAAUAUUUAAAUGGGGCCUUGUUGUAGCUGGCUUGAGCGACCUGGCGCGUCCAGCUGACACGAUUUCCGUAUCGGCUUGCGGCGCAUUGGCUGCCACUGGUAUUAUCUGGUCACGUUACUCGCUGGUCAUUAUACCGAAAAAUUACAGUUUGUUUGCCGUCAAUCUUUUUGUGGGAUUGACACAAGUGGUGCAACUUGGACGUGCGUACAACUAUCAAUUGGAGAAGGAAAAGCUGCAAAAGGAACAGGAAGAAAAGCCGGCUGUGACUCAAUGAAACAAUGCAUAUUGCAUACUGAUAGAUCGAUUUGGACACGCACAUAACGUAACAGACGCAUAUCAACCCAUUGCGUUUUAUAUUAAGUUGUGUUUCUAGUUGAAACAAAUGACCACAUAUUUGUUUUUUUAAUGGUGGUUUAUUGUUGCCUUACGAACGUGAUUCAUAUUCCUUAAGUUGUAAAUGUUGGAGGCUUCGAGUAUAUUUUAAUUACACGUAGCAUUAUUGAACUUUUGGUGAUUAUUGUCAGCAAAUAAACAAAUACAUUUCUCAAGACUUGAAAUUUAGUAAACAAG